CAAGUGCAUUGUGGGAUUACAUGGUGGUCAUUUUUGUCAUAUUAUUGUCGAAAAGUCUCGCAAACAAGCCGAAUAAUUGCGCAUUACCUGAAACUCGCAUUAAUUACUAUGAAAUUUGUGAUAUGCUGUUUAUUAUUAAUCGCCGUAUCUGUGUAAACCGUGCAUUUAUCCAAGCGUUUGAUAACAAAGGUCAUUUCAGAUGAACCUAACCCAACGUCUCUAGAGUCUCGAAAAAGAAAUUACCAUGUUUUGGAAGUACAACAACAACUCAUCGUCGGAACUCGACGCCCUGCUUUGCAAACAGGACGUGACUCUAGCCGAGGUGAUGGACGCCGAAGACAUCAUCAAUCAGUGCAAGGCGCAAAGCAAGGGUUUGAUCGACUUCUUGUUGAAGCCCGAAAUGAUGGAGGAGCUUGUGAGUCUCAUAACUCGCGAGCCCUCGAAUGAAUUGGACGAAAGAGUUAGGUUUAAGUACCCCAACAUUGCGUGUGAAUUACUUACAUCGGAUGUUCCUUCAAUUAACGAGAGGCUGGCUAGUGACGAAGUACUGCUUGAUAAGUUGUACAGUUUUUUAGAGUGUGAGCCCCCUUUAAACCCACUGUUGGCUUCCUACUUUAGUAGAAUUAUGGGUGCACUUAUUGCAAAAAAGACUGAGCAGAACUGGUUGUCCUAUCAGUUCACUUGCUUACAGGUUCUAGAUUUUUUAAAAACAAAGGACACCUUUAUAUCAUUACUGCUCAAACAUUUAGGCACUUCCGCUAUCAUGGAUCUCAUGCUCAAGCUUAUGACACAGGUUGAAAGCCUCGAAAUGCGACAAAAUAUUCUCAACUGGUUAGACAGUCAGAGAAUUAUGCAAUCGUUGGUUUGUCUAUUAAAUCCGAAAAUUGACAAAGAAAGGCACUAUAAUGUUGCUCAAUUAUUGUGUGAUUUUAUCAAAGCAGCUCGUGAUACUCAAAGAAAUUCAUCGGAAAGAGUUGAUCCGGAUCCGCUACUUAAUACAUUAGAAUCAGCUGAAACAGUAUCAUUAUUGUUAGAUAAUAUAUUUCAAGAGGAAAAGACCGAAAGUGCUAUUGUUGGCGGCAUUCAAGUACUUUUAGCACUUCUAGAUAUUUCCCAAUUGAGCAUUCCUAAAAUAAACUCCCAAAUUAGCUACAAUUCCAACAUAAACGACGAAGCAAUCGACAUAGAACACAAAGAGAAAGUCAUAAAGUCGACAACGGAGGCAAUCCUUGGCCACAUAAAAGACUUUCAUGAAUUACUAAUAAACCCGCCCAUUAAAUCAUCAAUAAAUACGAGUGUUGGUYUUUUGGAAACACCUCUCGGCAAUACACGUCUUCAAGUYACUAAACUUUUUGCUGCUGUAAUAGCCUCAAAUAACGCACGAUUGGCCCAAGAAAUUGUCUCAAUGGACACAUUUUCCAUACUUUUAGACUUGUUUUUUAAAUACCCGUGGAACAAUUUCCUUCAUACUCAAGUGGAAAAUUGCCUUAUAUCCGCUUUGAAYACACACACGUCGGACGAAUCUGAUGAAAAUUCGAAUGCCUUAAGUACACACUUGUUAGUCAAAUGUAAUGUAAUUGAGCGAAUUUUGAAAGCUUGGAAAGACAACGACGAGCAACAGAAAGCUAAUGGAGUACGACAGGGUUAUAUGGGCCAUUUAAUAAGCAUAAUUAACAAAAUAGUUGAAUUGUGUUCAAAUACUUCACUAGGGAAGUAUCUAAUUGAUAAUUUACCAGAAAUCGCCAAAAGUUUAGACGAAUUUAAAGAAACAACAUUGAAAGAAACAAAUUCCGUUCAAGAUACAUUAUUGGGCGGAGUUUAUCCGCAUACGUUGCAUGAAGAGGGCACCGACUAUCCGGGUGUUACGUACAACCAAAACGAGAUUUAUUGCAAUUAUCAGACCCACAACCUGACUCCGCACUGCAUCGACGGCUAUAGCGGUUUCAACGACGAUGAAUUCAACGACGGCGACGACACUUUACAGUCGAUCGACCAUCGAACCGAUAUGAAUUUCAGCCUCACCGAUGGCGAUUUGGCCCAACAACGUGAACUUUUCAAGCAAAUGUGUGCCCAAAACAUCAAUACACUUGACGAUGCCGAUGAUCAAAUUUUUGAAGACAGAGAUCACACUUUUCAAACGGUUAUUGAAAAAGAGGGUCAAAAUGACACAGUCUACAGUAGUGAUAGUGACGAUGAUUCACCAUCGGGGGUUCCCAUGGACGUUGAUCCCUGGCUUUCGCCAAAAGCAUCCGAAACCGGUGUCGUCGCCCCCUUGGAAACGGCCGAUCCGUGGGGCGGAGUCCCACAAACCAACACCGAUCAAAUGGGCGAUUGGGCCGAUUUUAGUUCGGUUAGUUUCGAGGCGAAUUUCGAUGCCGUUUUCGACAAAAAAACCGUCGAAAACGAUCUCAAAGUGGAAAGUAUCGAAAAAUCAGUCAGUAUUGAAACAGUUGCUCAAAAAGAGGAAAAAGAAGCGGGUGAUUUGUGCGAAACAAAAGACACACAACCGGUCGCCGAACCGUCCAAUACGUCAUCAGUUGAGGGAGACAAGUGUCCAGUAAAAUCGCAGGAGGCUUCGCCUCCGGAGAAGAAAGAUGUGUGAAUAACGCCCCCCUCCCCUACAUAUCAAACGGGAACUUAAUAUGUUAGAAUGAAUGCCAUAAAAUGAUGAUAGUGUUUUGUAAUCGACACAUUUUAAUCAUUACAGUAAAACUAUCUUUCAUAAUUUUUUAACAUGAUUAUUCAUCUAGCAAUAUUCUAGGAUUUGUUGAGAAAUGUGGUUAUUUAAUUUAUUGGUUAUUUUUUUACUUUUGUUACCUUUGUAAAGAGAUMCGUUUGGAAAAUGUUGAUUCAGGGUUAAAUAGUAUUAAAGUGUGUAUUUAAAAUUGCUUAUCGCUUAGUAUUAAUGUGAUCGAUCUCUUUGCAAAGCGUGCAAUAUCGAUGAUAAAYGAGAUGAUUGAAAUAGAUUUUGUGCAUUUUUGUGUUGAUUUUAGCGGCGGUUUUGUUUUGCACAAAGUCUGUUCAGUAUUGUGAUAUAAACCAAUCCGAUGCAACUUAGAAUAUUAGUUACUUUAUUGUGCCUGUUAAUGCAAUCAGAACUUAAACCAAAUGUAAAAGUGUAUUCAUCGAAACAUGCAUAUAUGUAAAUAUAUACUAUAUCGUCCCUCUGYAGGGACUCUACUUGAAUUUUAGUUUGGACAGUUUAUAAAAYUGUACAAAAGUACAAAUAGUUUUCAUAUGUGACCAAUAUUUUACGUUCUCAUUUCACUCACUUUGUUUCGCUACUAUAACUUCUGUGAUUAUAGAUUGUGGCUGAAUUACGACAUAGCACACUUGUACUAUUUUUUUUAGCGCAUUCGACCCUCAUGAACAGUGCCUAGGCAUAUUGUAUAUUUUUUAACAUCCUCGUACUGUUAUUUUGUUUCCAGUGUCUUGGUUCUAAUAAAAUUUAUUGAAUUUCAAAA